UUUUUUAUUUUUUUUUUUUUGCUUCAUCCAUUUUCUUUUCUUUCAUCUUCCCAAUUAAAAUUCCAAAAACACCAAAAAUUUAAAAUGACAGUAUUGUUACCAGGCUCUCCCUUGAGCUGCCAUUUCUCAAUUCUUCCUAGUGUUAAAAAAGGUUAUUCAUUUUCAUAUAAAACUUCAACUUCUUUCAGUUUUCCGCCAUUAAAGGGUAGCUUCAGAAUCCAUGGAAGCUUAGAUAAUCUCGACACACCCACAUCUGUUGAAGAACAACAACAAGAACAGAAUUUGCAAAUUAACAAUUUAGAGGAAAUAGAAAAUGAAAUCAGGGGUUCUUCUGCUUCCACUUCUACUUCUACUGCUGCUCCUGCAAUUGAGAAAGAUCUAAAAAAGGUAGUUAACAAGGCAGCUGCAACCUUUGCUCCUAGGGCUUCUACAGCUUCCAAAAAUCCUGCUGUGCCAGGAAGUACAUUAUACUCAGUUUUUGAGAUCCAGGGAUACGCAUCUAUGCUUCUGGGCGGAGUUCUCUCCUUCAAUCUUGUAUUCCCUUCAAAUGAGCCAGACAUAUGGCGAUUAAUGGGCAUGUGGUCCAUUUGGAUGUUCACAAUUCCUUCACUUCGUGCCCGAGAUUGUUCAAACAAAGAAAAAGAAGCACUCAACUAUCUUUUCCUCCUCAUUCCAUUGUUAAAUGUUAUAAUCCCAUUCUUUUGGAAGUCCUUUGCUGUUGUUUGGUCUGCAGAUACCGUCGCCUUCUUUUUGAUGUAUGCUUGGAAGUUGGGGUGGUUGCAGAAAAUAGAGUAAGGUUGCCAUCUUGUCUAUGCUGUACAAAAAUAUGUUCAAAACUUUCAAGGGAGCCGGAAAUUCUAGUGAAGGAAAGACUAAGAUGCUUAGAAGCCAGACAGAGUUGACACUAAAUUGAAGUUAUUCAGAUGAUGCAAUCAGUUACUCCCUUUCGUUACGUGUAUGAACAGUCUUGUCAUGUUGUACGCGGAUUUUUAAUAGCAAUUGUAUUGGUAUUUACUCUGCAAAAUUUUAUAAUUGUUACUGUAUUUUAUACCUGUUUAGUUAAGUAUAGGGACAUGGCUAAAUGGCUUAAAUGAUAGAUUUCCUAGUUCCAUCCUACAUUCAUAUUGUUAUUUUGUA